UCCAACAUGCCACCUGCUGGCAAGAAGAUGUAACACAGAGACGUUACAAAACACUGGACUUUCACUUACAUAAAGCGCUUCUCACGUGUAGUGUGUGUGCAUGAAAAAUAACAAUUCAAGGAGGAAAAAGCAGCGCUACCGUAUUACACUGAAAUGGCACGGGCAAAGAAGGGUCCUUCAGAAGCAUCUGAAUCGAAGCAGAAGUCGAGGAGGCAGAAUGGAGAAACGUCUGGGGCUGCAGGACAAACCAUCUCCAUGAAGCUUCGGCAGAAGAAGGACGGGAAGAACACAUUGAAAACAGGGCCUGUUUUCCCAACCACCAUAAUCAAAUCUUCAGUUGGGAAGAGAAGUGGACCAGGAAGCAUCCUGCACUACAUUUACCAGAGUACACUGGGGCAGAGCCUUCAUUCUCAGAUGAGACAGUGUCUCCUGGAGCCGUUUGUACGUUCCCUGUCCUCCUAUAAGCUCCACCGUACAGCCAGUCCGUUUGACCGGCGGGUCACCUGUCUGGAGUGGCACCCCUCGCACCCCUCCACGCUGGCGGUCGGCUCCAAGGGAGGAGACGUUGUCCUCUGGGACUACAACGUGCUCAACAAGACCAGCUUCAUACAAGGGAAAGGAGCCGGGGAUUUUAUUGGUGGGAUGACGUUUAGCCUGACGGACCCGUCCAAGGUCUACCUGGCGUCUGGCGACGGUACGCUGACUGAGCAGAACUUUCAGGGCGGUCCAGGAACGGUUCUGUCCAGAGUCCAGGACUGUGGACACGAUCACCACAAUGUCUGUCUGUGGUACUGCUGUGUAGAUGUGUCGUUGAGCAGACAGAUGUUGGUGACCGGAGACAACAUUGGACGAGUCUUAUUGCUGGGCAUGGAUGGACACCAGGUCUUCAACGGGAAGCUGCACAAAGCCAAAGUGACCCAUGCUGAAUUCAACCCUCGCUGCGAUUGGUUAAUGGCGACAGCGUCCGUUGACCACACGGUGAAGCUAUGGGACCUGAGGAACAUCAAGGACAAGAACACUUACCUCCACGAGAUGGUUCAUGACAAAGCUGUUAACUCAGCCUACUUUAAUCCAGUGGACUGCUCCAAGCUCCUGACCACGGACCAGUAUGACCAGAUCAGGGUGUACUCCUCUUCUGAUUGGUCAACUCCUCAGCAGAUUAUCCAGCACCCACACAGACAGUUUCAGCACCUCACACCAAUCAAGGCCACGUGGCACCCUCUGUACGACCUGAUGGUGGUUGGACGGUACCCUGACGAGAGGGUGUGUCCAGGUGCCCUGAGGACCAUCGAUAUCUAUGAUGCCAACACAGGAGAGCUGGCAUGCCAACUACUGGACCCCAACGCCCCUGGCAUCAUAUCUGUCAACAAGUUCAAUCCAAUGGGAGAUGUUUUAGGAUCUGGGAUGGGAGUGAACAUCCUAGUGUGGAACAGAGUGGAGACAUUGGCUGGUAAGCAGCAGAGAGGAGAGCUACAACAGGAAGCAGGAGUCCAGGUUGGCAGAGGUCGAGGCCAGCGGAGGAGAAGAGGGGAGACUCGGAGGGGGGGAGGGACGGGGGGACGGGGGCGAGAGGAUGAGGACGACAUUGGGAAGCUGAAGAAGAAGCUAUCUUUGUCCUCGGGGACCAGAACCAGAACAUCCAGGGACACAGAAGGGUCCAAAUAAAUAAUCAGGGAGAAAGAGAGAGGUUUAUUGUGUGUUUCCUUUAUUUUGGUAGUUACCCGACAAUGUCAUA